AUGUCACUAGAAUCUGUAGCUGAAUCUGGCCAAUAUAUCAACAAAAUGUCGAUGGGAUCUGGAACAGAAGUGUCUCAUAAUCAUCAUCACAAGAAUGUUCAUUACGGAAAGCCACAUGUUGCUGUAUUAUUAGCUGCCUUUUCUUCAUUAGGUGGAUGGUUUUUGGGUUAUGAUCAAGGUGUUACAGGUGGUAUAGUUGUUAUGAGUUCAUUUAAAAAUGACUUCUGUAUUGGUGUAUAUGGAAAUGCAAGCGUUUGCGAUCUGUCAGUAGCUGGUUUACCUUCUGAUUACAGAAGGUUUUUAGUGCUCUUUACGUUACUAUAUAAUGUUGGAUGUUCUCUUGGUGCUCUCUUCAUUUCUUCAUUUAUAGCAGAAAAAUAUGGACGUCGAGCCAUUAUUUUCACAUCAGCCGUUCUCUUUAUAAUUGGUACUUCAAUGGUUAUUUUUCCACCAGGAGGUUCAACAAAGAUAAUGAUUUUUAUACUUAUUGGACGAAUUGUGGAAGGAGCAGGUGUUGGAUGUUCUUCAUUUUCUUGUCCAUUAUAUCGGCUUGUCCAAACGUAA